AUAAUCCAUUCCAUUCCCUCUCUUCCUACAGAGAAGCAGAGGGAGAGCUCGAGCUCUCACAGCUCGCCCCGCCACUCCGCCGGCCAUGCCCUCCUCCUGCGGCGCCGCCGUGCCGUACACGCUCCUGGGCGCUCUCCUCAGCGGCGGCGGCGGCUCCUACGCUCCGUCCUGGCCGGCGUGCGGCGGCCGCGCCUUCCUCCGCGACUACGCGCGGCGCAGCACCAACGCGACGCUGUGGGUGGGACUGCUCGCCUUCACGUGGGUCCUGCUCCGCCGCGUCGCCGCGCUCCUCCGCCUCUGGGCACUCGGGUCCCGCCUCCCCGGCCCACCCGCCCUCCUCGCCGGCACCGGCCUCGCCGCGGUCUGCCGCGCGCGCGGCGAUGUCACCGGCUAUCUAUCAAAAUUACAUGGCAAAUUUGGACCAGUUGUUCGACUGUGGGUAGGACCCUGUCAACUACUUGUAUCGAUUAAAGAUGCUAGCAUAAUCAAAGAGAUGCUAAUCAAGGCUGAAGAUAAGUUACCACUGAAUGGAAGAAUAUAUAGUUUAGCUUGUGGAAGACUUGGUCUAUUCAUUUCGUCAUUUGAGAAGGUAAAAAGUAGAAGGGAAUCACUGAUAGUAUUCUUGAAUGAAAAACUUGAUGUCGGUGCCAGUGAAAGUUCUUUCAAGAUCAUUGAAGCUGUCCUCCAAAGAGUUGGCUCUACUAUAGACAAGGAUUUUCUGGAUUGCAGAUCUUUUUCCCAACACAUGGCAUUCAACAUCAUUGGUGCAGCUCUUUUUGGUGAUGUAUUCUUUGAUUGGCCUGAUGCUGCUGCAUACGAGGAGCUUCUGAUGAUGGUUGCAAAUGAUAGCUGCUUAUGGGCUUCUUAUGCAGUUCCCCCAUUUUGGAAACCUGGUUACAGGAGGUACCGAGCCUUAUGUGCUAAGCUCAAGAUCUUAACACGAGCAAUUAUUAGAAAAUCCAUAGACAGAAAUAGUGUAUUUAGCCAUAAGGAUCUGAGAUCCUGUAAGAAAAGUGAAGGAGUGGUACAAGAUCCAGUUGGAUGUACUUCUCUACUAGAUGGCAUCGUAUCAGGUCACUGCCUCUACGAAGCUGUUGAAGGGCCUCACAGUUCAGAAGAGGAAAUAUGUGGGAAUAUUGUGGGUUUGAUGUUGCAUGGAAUUUCCACGUCUGCUAACCUGGUCGGCAACAUUUUGACAAGACUCAUCUUGUAUCCAAAGCUUAAAGACCAGCUAUAUGAGGAUAUUGUUGCAGUUUGUGAUAAAUCAUCUGGGAUGGAGAUUGAUGAUGUGCUUAGGAUGCAAUUCCUACUUGCCACUGUAUGUGAAUCUGCUCGCCUUUUGCCUGCUGGACCUCUUCUCCAGCGCUGCUCUCUGCGACAUGAUUUGACUCUCAAAUCUAGUAUGACUAUACCAGCAGGAGCUCUGUUGGUUGUUCCUCUGCAUCUCGUGCAGAUGGAUGUUUCUAUAUGGGGAAAUGAUGCUUGCCAGUUCAAUCCUAGUCGCUUCCUCCAAAAGGACAUUCAUCUAGGAGAAAUAUUAGCAGCGCAUAAAGGCUCCAAUGGGAUAAAGCUUUUCGCAGAGUGUGAAAAGACUGACUCAUUCCUUCCAUUUGGUUCUGGGAGUCGAGCAUGUGUUGGGCAGAAGUUUGCAAUUCUUGGGAUCUCUAUGUUGAUUGCAUUUCUACUGCACGACUACGAGGUGAAGCCUCAUCCAGCUUUAACUGAAGAAUUGGGUUCAACAGUUGACAGCAACAACCUUCACGAUCUUCCAAACCCAAAAAUCAUCCUCGCAAAAAGAAACCUGAAACAAGAGAACACAAAUAAACUUUGACACCUUACCUUAUACAUUUACAUGUUUUUUUUGUACUGGUGUUACACCAGGAUAGCUAUCCUACCGUCGUUCAACCACGCUGAAGUUUGGAAAAGGUGCUACUUUGCGACGUUGAAGGUUUUUUUCCUCGAGAUUUUUUACAGCCCCAGUGAGCGCUGUUGCUUCUCGCUGUUGUCAGUGUUUUGAGGCGCUUGUUGGCUGUGAAAUCACAAGAGGUGUUUGCCAAUGUACGCAUAGACCAAUAGUUUUCUUUUUCUCGUUCUAAGUCGAGUGGUUUCUCCUUUGUCUGGAGGGGUGUAUCAUACGCAUAACUGUAUAUUGUAUGGUUUCAUGAAUGUUGUGCUUAAAAGUGUCUGUUUACGGACAAAUAUUGUGUUUUAGGGAGACGCCAUGUUUGCCACGUUUGUGGAUUA